AUGGUUGGGGAUAUGGGAAGCAGUCUAAUGAGCGCAAGAGGAUAUGACAGUGAUGCCCAGUAUAUCGGGAGUCCCCAGCAUGCCGACCGUAUGAGAGCGUCGCCCAAAAGCCCGGCGUUUCGCAGAAUGGGGUUGCAUGAUCUAAUAGAGCACAGUCGUGAGCGAAACAACUUGGAGAUGUGGGCGAACGCUAAGGACCAUGAUCAACCUGACACCCCAGGGACACCCUUUGGGAUGCAUUAUAUACCCACGCCACCAGGAAGUCUGAGGGGGCGCUUAGUUCACCCCAGCUCUGCAACCGAAAACAUAGCUGGCCAGUCUAUGACUUCGUUCAAAAAUGAACAGUCCGGUGAGCAAAACAUGUUCACAAAAUCCCUCCCGAGUCUUCAUGCCAAUCAAGAAGAAUUGGCUCCGGCAAAUCAAAAUCGUUUCCGAUCUCGAGAAGGCUUUAUAGGCAGCAGCAGCGGUGGGAACCUUCAAAAUCUUGUGGCUAACUGGGCUCAGUACAUGGGAUCAAACCCCAAUGACCAUCGUGCGGCGUCUUCGGCCUCGCUAGCCAGGGAAGAUCCGGGCAUUAUGGUUUCUAAAACACGACAUCCAACAAAUCCCCCCACCUCAAAGCCUGAGACGCGAGUACCGCAUCUUGGUGAUCUAGACCUUUCGCACAGGCUUGCGGGGACAGGCAUGAGGUCCGGCCCGCCAUCAACUACUCCAUCUAUGUCGGAACUGCCACGUCCGAAUAGAUAUGGGCCACAAAUGGCAUCGCAAGAGAACUUUCAACCUUAUGAUAGAUCUGGAACAUCGACAAUCGUGGAUUCCGAGCCCCAGAGGCAAGCUAUGCAUCAUCAACGAGAUGCGUCCUCUUUCUAUUCGCGCCAAAGCAGCAACGCUUCACGGGGGGCAUCUGCCGUUCAAUCACUGAGAGUCCAUGCUGCAAAUGCAAUGGAUAGCUUACCGAAUAUUGAUACACAAAUGAUAGCUGAGGCUAGCACAGUGCAAAAUGAACGGGAACCAGGUGCCGAGGUUUUGAAAAGCAGGUUUGUUGAGCAACUUGAUGCGGCAGACUGGGGAUCACCUCAGGUUCAUGGAAUUUCCGAUAGCGGCAAUGGUGUCAGACCACAUCGCAGAGUCAGUCCCGGCUGGAUGACUGGAGGCCGGCGAAUGGGCUAUGGGUAUAACUUGGUGGACAAUGCUGAGGAUCACUCACCAACAGUUGGAGGGAACAGCAGUCCAUUUCCGAGCGGGAAUUGGCACAGAGCCACUCCAGGACCGAGAUCUGGCAGCGCUGGUGAAAAGGGGUUGAGAUCAUCGAUCGAGCAUCGGACCGACCUGGCAUCAUCAGCCCAGCCAUUUACUCCUGACCAUGGUUCCAAGAGGUGUGACAGCCGACAGUCUCCUAUGGACAAACCUCCUACCAACGCCAAUGGGGAACCUGUCUUGACACCAACUAUGUGGGCCAAAAUGAAAAGCCAUUCAGUUCGAGGUAAUCGUCACGCACCACUGAGACUGGAUUUGACUGGCGAAGUAAUGGGUGCAGGUGGAGCACGCCGUGCGCAGCACAUUGAGUCGCCAACUUCUGUAAAGUCGCCAAUUUCCGCAAAGACACCGACUUCCACAGGCAGCUUUUAUGUCGAAGACGUCGAUGAAACGUUCUUAAGUCGAUGGGCGAAAGGCAGCCGGUCCAUACGCAAACAACCACAACUAAACACGUACCGCGAUUCAACCCACAGGGGCAACGUCCGUACUCCAGGUGCUUCACCAACUGGUGAACGCCGCUUCUCAAUGGAUCUGACAACCAGUCGGCCCUCUGUAUACUUCGAUCCGUCGAAUGACAAAAGUGCAGACAGGUUAAACGGAGAGCCCUCCCGCUCUCGUAGUGGACGUUGGAUACUAAGGUUUUCAAGAAACAGGGAGAGCAAGAGACGUUCGAACCCCCCUCCAAAAGAACCAUCUCAGGAAUCGCCAAUACAGUACGAAGAGCGUCCAUCGAGUGACCUGGGACGAGCAAACUCUACCAGAAGCGAUGUGGCAGAGGAGCUCGCGAGUGCGUAUCGGGAAUGCAUUGAGAUGCCCGGGGCUUUUUAUGGAAGCCGGUGGGCGAGCCGAACUAGUCUGGUGGUGGAGGCAGAGUGA